AUGUUAGGAUCAGAACAAUUUCAGGCAUCUUCCAACACUCAUACUAAAGAUCAGAAUGAAGUGCCUGAUGAAAGUGUACAUAAUGAGCAACAAGUUAAUGAAGUUAAUGAAUCUGUUGAGGAAACGUCCAGUGAAAACUAUGAAAAUUCAAUUCAGGACCAAUCUUCGUCAACUAGGAAAAAAGGAAGAACUGCAUGGGAAGUUGAAGUGAUAAGUGAAGAAGGAGUUGUGAAGAGAAAAAAGAUGAAAACAAUUGAUGUAUGGAGUCUUCCUUCUGGUGAGCGAUUCAUGGUUCCAUUUGAUAGUAUGCAAGCACCCACCUUGGAUGCGGCUGGAUUGUUGUCUGGUGUGCUAUCAGAAUUAGCAAGGCAGACUUCUUCAUUUCCGAUCAACUAUGAUGACUGGAGAAAAGUGCCAAGCCAAUAUAAAAAUGAUAUAUUCAGCAAGUCAAUCAUGCCACAAUUUCACUUUGAAAAUGUCGAGAUAGCAAAAUGGUGGAUUCUUAGCAAUAUCGGGAGAAAGUGGAGUAAUCACAAGUCCACAUUAUGGGUAGAAUUUUAUGACCCUUCUUUGGCAAGAGAACAACUAAUAAGCAACUGUCCCGCUGGAAUCCAUCGAGAUCAAUGGUCAACUUUUGUUAUCAAUCGUCUAUCGGAAAAGUCAAAGGAGAUGUGUCGGAGAAAUGCUGAAAGUAGAAAGUGUCAAAAAAUUCCACAUACUAAUGGAUCUAAAAGUUUUGCUAGGAGGAGAGCUGAAAUGGAAAAUGAACUUGGGCGUAAGGUCAAUCGCUCAAAAUUAUGGCUUGAUACACACAAAAGACAAGACGGGACAUAUGUUAACGAUGAAGCUAAAAAUUAA